AUGGCACCGUCGGGCAAGACCACUGCAGGCGCCUCCAAGGACCGACGAAAGUCUGGUGCCAAGUCGUCGCCAGGCCUCGUGACGCUGACCGUCUCGCCCGAGAGGCUGCGAGCCAUCCUCGACCCAUCACCGCCGUCCGUCAAGGAGGACACGCCGCCCAAAGAGAUUGACGAGUCUCCUGGUACCUCAACUACCUUGCCCGCCGCGCCAGCAUCGAUUGCUGAGAAUGUCUCUGACUCAAAUCCCGCGACCCCUGCUGGCAGUGGCACGCCUGCACCUGCGUCAGAUAUGGGACCUCCUCCUGAGGGACAAGGCCCCAAGAAGAAGGGUGUUAAGCGAUCUGCUGGGGCCGCGAACGGUGCAAACCUCUCGGAGCCUCAGAUCAAGAUCAGAGGCAAGCCUGGCCCGAAGAAGAGACAGAGAAUGGAUGAUGGUACCAUAGAGCCUGCUCGCGGUGCUGGACUGGGACACAAGCUCAAUCCCAAGGCGAACCAAGGAGCGAUCAACGCCAAUCUUCGCGCCCUCGACCGAUCUGGCAAACCAUGCCGCAAAUGGGCGAAGGGUGGGUUCACCUUGAAGAGCUUCACCGGCGUGGUCUGGGAGAUUCCUCGAUGGACAGCACCGACCAAGUCUCAGCCAGAGUCUACCACUGAGGAAGGCUCAGCAGCCUCCGCCGAAGGAAGCACUAAGGAGAACAAAGAGAUUGAUCAACCCAAGAGUGAGAACAGUAAUAGCGGUGGCGACGUUGAGAUGCAGAGUGCUCCGAGUAUCAAUGCUAGCUCCCCAGCACCUCUCGCUAUAGCUGCCGGGGCUUGA